AUGGCUUCCCUGGACCAUGUACUGCAAGGAUCUCUCAAUCUCCCAUUUCCUGCUGCUACCAAACAAGUGGCGGGGGUUGUGGAUGAGGUCAAAACCGACGUCAUGGUCAUGAAGUUUAGCGAUAAGAUUGUUGUUACCAUUUCUCAAGAGGGCCGACUUGCUCAUUGGCUCCAUGUACCACUUGGAAACCAGAAUCCAGGGACUAACGGCAUGCAUACUUUCUCCGAGGGCACGGAGGACAACCUGUUGCCCCUCAGCGGCUUGACAGCAACAUCAAUUCUCGGUGGUCAUGCUGCUGGACAGGAUACAAUUGGCCAACUGUUUGCUCGUCAAAUCGCAACUGCCAUUGCGACCAAGUCUCCUGCUGAAAAGCGCCUCCUGGUCGUUGGUCUUGGCCUCGGUACCGCAGCUUCGGAUCGAGAUUCGUUCUUCGCAAUUAUCGACCUUGUUCUGCAAUGCAUCUAA